ACGAAACGUUGGUAAAUGUUUAAAAUUGCGGGGGGAAAUGUUUCAAAUGUCUCCUUGAAAAGUGUAUGGUCCCAGGGCGUGGAUUUCCCUCGGUGCUCCACAGGUGGCGCAGGAGCACAUUUCCAUUUGGUUGGCUGCGGAGGACCAGCAGCCUUCAUCCACUGCUGCUCGCCGUCAAAAGGGACAGCCACAGCGGCUACAGGAGCUUCGUCUGCUCGGGCCUGCUUCCGUCAACCAAACGAGAAGGAGCGUCUCGUUGUCCAAGUGAGCCAUGGUGGAGUACUACCAGAUAUUAGGAGUACACAAAAAUGCAACGCAAGCCGACAUCAAAAAAGCGUACAGGAAACAGGCGCUAAAGUGGCAUCCGGACAAGAACCCCGAAAACAAGGAGGAGGCCGAGAAGAGGUUCAAAGAGCUGGCCGAGGCUUACGAGGUUCUCUCGGAUGCAAGCACUUGUGUCUCUCCCAUCAUUCCCACAUAGAAAACAAGAGGAAUAUUUAUGACAAAUAUGGCAAACAAGGGCUGUCUGCAGGAGGCGGUGGGGGAGCAGGAGGCCACAACAAUCACUUUGGCGGCUACGACUUCACAUUCCGAAACCCUGAGGACGUCUUCCGGGAAUUCUUUGGCGGCAGAGAUCCCUUUGCAGAUUUUUUCGCCGCCAACGACCCGCUCAACGACUUUAUCGGGCACGCUCGCCCCAGGGGGGCCACCCGAACCCGAACAGGAGGCGGCGGGCUCUUCGAUUUCGGGGCCUUCUCGUUCGACUCUGGUUUUAACGCGUUCGGUGACAUGGGGGGCGGCGGGUUCAGCUCCUUCUCCUCGUCGUUCGGCGGCGGAGGAGGAGGAGGAGGCGGAGGUGGAAUGGCCAACUUCAAAUCAGUCUCGACUUCUACCAAAUUCAUCAACGGCAGAAAAAUCACCACCAAGCGGACGGUGGAGAACGGACAGGAGCGUGUGGAAGUGGAGGAGGACGGCCAGCUCAAGUCGCUAACGGUUAACGACGUCACGGCAGACGACGACGAGCAUCGCCGCCGCCGACACAAUCUACUUCCUGUCGCGGGCUCGCACCACCAGCGCCACCUGAGGAGUUCGGCCCAGAACCCCGCCGCUGACGACGAGGAGGACGAGGAGGAAGGAGAGUACGGGCACAGCAGAGGUCGCACGGACCCCAAGAGGAAGAAACUUUGGCUAAAGGAGUCGAGACGAAGAAGAGCGCCGCCGCCGCCUCGACUCUUCUUCCCCUCAUUCGGCGGGUUGGGUCCUUUUUUCUAAAGCAACUUGUUAUUUCUGAUUGUCGUUAUCUUUGAAAAUGUUCACUUCAACUUGCCAUAAUCCCCGAUACGCAAUGGGUUUUCCCAUAAUUUGCAGCACGUGUCCUCAAACCUUCAACAAAAAAGGGAUUUUCUUUGUAAAGAUGAGCCUCCCUCUGUGUAUUUGACACUUUUAGUUUCUCAUAAACAUAGGGAUGCAUUCAAGAAAUGUUCAUUCAUUUAUUUUUUUAUGAACUCUCAUGAAGCAAUAAAUGUGCAAAGAAAACUU